AUGGCCUAUAGAACACCAACCAAGCAACGAGACAAGGGUGGUCACGUGCACCACAGCGCUCAAGAUGCUGCGACACCAGCCACACCCACGCCUGUCGCGUCCUCAUCCCGGUACCAGCUCCGGGCGCGCAAACCUCGAGAAGCCUCGCCAACACCAACGCGACGAAACAACGGCUCAGUAACGCCAUCACCACAUAAAUACCACAACCACUAUAACUACCAGUACAGCAGCCUCGAUCUCAGUGCAAGUGCGAGGAAGCGAAACCGCACAAUGUCAAGCACGGCUGGCAAAUGGCGCGAGGAGCAGGUCCUCAUCAUCUGCCCUGGCAGUAGAACCACUAUGGCUCAGCUGGGUUGCAGUGAAUUGACUCCUCCUGCUCGGCGCAUGCCUACCAGGAUGUUUAAGGAGGGCGAUCAGUGGGCGCCUUAUCACAAGACGAAGCGCACGACUAUUGUGAAUGGCGCUGAGGAAGAGGAAUGGUUGGAGGAUGUUGACGAGGACGAGGGAGCCGUGUAUCCCAUUGAAGCUGGCCGCAUCGUCAACAUGAGUGCACUCCUCGCUUUUCUCGAUCAUGUCCACGGCUUGCUUACAACUACAUACCACAACACUCCCAUCAUGCUCAUGGCUUCACCACAAUGGACACGACCCGACUGCGAGACAAUUGCCCGAUACGUCUUUGAGAAUACGAGAACACCUGCGCUAUGUAUAAUCCACAGCGGAAUCGCUACGCAGUAUGGUCUGAAGUGGCCCAAUAUGACUGUGGUGGAUAUUGGCUACCAAAAGGUCGACGUUACAGCAAUUCACGAUGGACGAGUUGUAAACCAUAUGGAUGUCAGCGCAUCUGAUGCCGAUGGUGAAAUUAGCGGAGGUGAAGUUUUCACAAAGAGCUUGCUCAAGUUGCUAGAAAACAAGGGUUUCAACCAUGAUAUGGCGGAGCAGCUCAAGAAGAGCAACAUUUGCGAAGUCCUCCCCUACGUUGCUACCGAGGAGGAAUUGAUGCAACUUCCCACGGAGAACACUGCAGGCGCAACAGGUGGUCAACCAGCUUCUGCCGCUGCAGAGGCUGCUACGAAAGCCCCUGAAGCGCCGAAACCCACAGACAAUGGAGAUGCUGAUGAGAGCAAUGGCAAUCCAGAGGAUGAUGGAGUUCUAGACGUCGCAGCCAUCGUUACUAGCGGGCAGACAAAGGAAUUCCUCGCCAAGAAGGAGAAGGAGAAGGAGAAAGAAAAGGGCAAGGGAGGCCGAAAGAAGGGCGAGAAGGAGGCCGAGGGCGCCGCUAAGGCUGCACGUCUACCGAACUCCAAGAGGACUCACAACACCUUCUUCUACGAGGAAAUCAUUCAGGAAGAGGUUCCCCCACCACCCAAGGAGAAGGAAACUGUAGAGACCGCUGCGGUCACUGCCAAUGGUAACGGCACAACAGAAGCUCCCAAGCCUGAGGGCGAGACCAACGGAGCUCAACCUCAAGGCGACAACACCGCUGCGCCUGCGACAGAGACAGAGACAGAGACACAUGCGACGGAAGCGCCUAAGCCAGAACAAACUCAAGAGCCAGCGCAGUCGAUAGAACCCAAGCCUGAUGCUGAGCCAAAGCCUGACGCUCAACCCACCACCGAGACCCCGGAGAAGCGACCAAAGCGCAUUCGUCGAGAUGUCGAAGUUGGUCUUGAGCGCUUCACUUUCGCUCAACGUCGUGAGAUCGAUCGCAUUGUCAACGCCAUCUAUCGCACUGUCCAGGGCAUCGAUGACAUGUACAUGCGACCUCCAUGCUGGGACAACCUUGUCUUCGUUGGCAACGGUGCUCGUCUCCGCGGUCUUCGCGAGAACAUUCUCCAGACCCUCAACGCCCGUCAUCUCGUCUCCCCAUCCACCGCCACAAUGUUCACCUCAGAGCUGCCCUCUAACAUGGCCACGCCCACUGGAACCGGCGCUCAAACCCCCACUGGCUCCUUCACAGGCGCACCUCACCAGCUUUCCUCAAGCGGCGUGAAUCCCCUCCUCCAAGCCGCUACCACGGCUGCAGCUGCUGGCACCGCUAACAACAUGGUCGGCACGCCGCAGCCAGCUUCUGAGGCUGGAGGACCCACGACUCAUCAUUUCCACAGCCAGACUCCCACGAGCAUCAAGACGGCUACUCUGCCGAACUACUUGAGCGAGUGGACAAAGAAUGGCUUCGAGGAGUCUAUGUUCCUUGGUGCUCAGGUCGCUGCUCGUAUUGCGUUUUGCCUACACUCCAACAUGGAUGCCCAGACCAUUGAGGCCCAAAGGCUUAUGAGUUUGAGCAGAGUUGAUUAUAACGAACUUGGUCCCAAGGGUAUUCGAACACAUUCUAUGCUAGGCUAGAAUCGCACAACGAGCUGAUAAUUUUAUGUCAUUAUACGGGUUUCUCGUUCACGUGGUCUCAGCACAGACUUUCAAAUCGUGGACUUGAAAGAGGAGUUUUUAAAGGGGCCAGCGAAAUGGUAAAAGGAAGACGCAAAAUGAGUCAAGACUUGAAAAUGAGUGGAGGGGAGCGGGUAUAGCAGGGCAUAGCAGAAAUGAGAUAAUACCAUAGAUUCGAACAUGCCUUGUAUGAUUAUACACAAUCAGUC